AUGCACUACUUUGAUGCUGUGCAUGAUGGCUAUAAAGAUAAAGAAGACGACAAAUGCAACUUAAACUAUGCCGGUGUCGUAGGCAAUUACGACUACGGCUGCAAAAAAACCCAGAUUAUGUCCGGCAGUCUUCUACCUGCCUGGGAUUCUUAUUUUAUUAGAGAGGAUCAUAUCUUCUGGAGCGAGCUUGCGACACGCUUCUCUUUUAUAAUUGAACCAAAGGAUUAUUAUGAUCUCAAUCUUACAGCCAGCACUCUACAACCAGAAUGGUAA